AUGAAUUGUCUCUACUGUUCAACGUACUACCCUCAAGGCAAUGGUGUCAUAGAGGCCUUUCAUCAGUAUCUCAAUAAGUCUGUUAGCGCGUUUGUGUCGACAACAGACUGGAGUUUCAAGGAGAUCGUUGCCUCUGCCAUGUUGGCCUAUCGUUCUACGCCGCACCCAACUACUGGCGAGUCAUCGUAUCGGAUCGUCACCGGUGCAGACUUGGUUCUACCUCACUUCCAAGAAUGGCACAAGUUCGAGACUUACAUAACGGAUGUGAUUCCGCGUCUCAAGCUAUUGAACACGUUCCGACAGGAUGCCCUCAACCACACUUUGUCUUCAGUCAGCAAAGGACGACCUCCUGUGAAGAAGGAAAUCUACGUCGGAGAUACGGUGGUGGUGCUCUUGCGUGGGAAGAUGCUGGCUACCAUACAGCAACGCUUCGGAGUCAGUAAGCUCAUUCCCACAUGGUCGGAGCCUUGCCGAGUGACCGCGCUAAAAGAUAACAACGUGGUCACGCAGUCUGUGUGGCACAAGGACUUAGUGUAUGAAGCUCCUCUUUCGGAGGUCAUGAAGAUAGGACGGAUUCCGGUGGAUCUUCGAGCACUCACAAUACGAGAAAUUAACUCUGACCAUGACGGGCAUAUACCACGAGAUACCGAUCCGCUACGGCGUGCCAACCCUUGUGAGUCUAGGCCGAGCAUCCCGCGUGGAAGUCAACCCGAGCAGAGACCUAUGAUCCGGCCGUUCACUGGCAGAAGGAAAUCUUCCCUCGAUCGACUACUGAUGAAGGAAGCAGGAGACCCAAGAUUUCAUUUCGCCUUGGUACCCCGCGACUCUUAA